UCCCCAGUGUGGAAUGCCCCGCCUAAAGGUUUAUAAGGCGAGGCUCAAAGGUCACCAGCAUCACAGUCUUCACUGACAGAGCCAACAUGAAGACCUGCCCUCCCUUUCUGGUGGUGGCGAUGCUGGCGGUGUCUUGGGCUGCAGCUGUCCCUCUCCAGGACACGCACAACCUGCAGGACAUCCACUCGGAGGAGCAGCUGCAGGCCUAUCUGGAGAACAAUCCCUCUGCGGUGCGUGAGCUGUACCCAGACCUUCUCCGUGAAGCCUCCCAGGUAUUGAUGGUCGUUGACCCCUACACGCUUGUGGAGAUGCUGAGGAGACAAGAAGAGGCUGUCACACUAGAGACGCAGGAGGAGGAGGAAGAGAAGGAGGCACAGAGAGUAACACAGGAGGACCAGAAGGACGAACACGACCGCAGGAAGCGACAGGUCACCUUCGGCGUUGGGAUGAACCGCGGGCCCUACGGAAAGGACUACCGUGCUAAUGUCGGCUACCAGCGUCGCUUCAACAAUGGCAGGUCAUCCUUCGGUGUGCACGGCCACAGGAACUGGGGCGCCAGCGGGAGGUCUCACGGAUUCGGGAUCAGCUUCUCGCACAGAUUCGGCCGCUAAAGGACGUCAUAGACUCCACAAAGCUUAAGACCACCGCAGCAAUGAGGUGCUUGCCUCCCACCAAACACAGCAUACUAUGUGCUUGCUCUUCUUGUGUGUGUGUGUAUGUGUAUUUGUGUGGAUUAUACUGUACUGGUUUCCUUUGUAAUUAUAAAUAAAACAUUUAAUUUCGUAAA